CCGCAUCGUGCGAGAGCAUCCUCUAUGCAGUCCCAAGCCAUGGCGCAAACGCCAGACAGGACCGCUGACAACAUAUAAGUCGUGGCAUGCGCCGUCGUGCUUUUCCUUGGAUUCUCUGUCCAGCGUGCCAGUGACGACCUCAAUUAUACCAUCUCCUCCUCGUUGGCCACCCUGAUAUAUGAGCUGCCCUUGCAAACCCCCCCUUCCCACAUAGUAGUCCAAACGUCCCGUAGUCCUUUUCGACUGUCGCGGAACUAUCCCUCCAACCUCAUCCGCAAGACUUCGGACAACCAAUCUCAUUGAAUCUAUUCACCAUGGCGACUACUGAGCUUCCCAAGCUCCCAGCUGCUCACAAUGAGCUGGCCAACUACAUCGCCAGCAACCCAGACACGCCAUUGACCAAGCUCAUGGCCCCGUAUCGCGAGUUCGAGGCACACCUCCGCGAGGUGUACGCCCAGGAUCGCAGCAACCCGCUCCUGACCGAUCCCUAUCUCAACGUGCUGCCUCUUUUUACCAAGGACACUCCCAACAUCAAGACGCGUGCUCGCAACCUUGACGCGGAGUCUGAGGAAGAAAAGGGCAGAUAUAUCAUGGCUCUUCCCGAGGACAAGAGACGAGCCCAUGGCUCACCAGCGGUGGUGGAGAACCUCAAAGAGUUCAGAAACAACUUCAGCAUAUUUUCGGAAUCGUCGCUGGCCGACAUGAACUGGGACAACGUAGUUGCCGCCGGCUCUUCGGUGGUCAACUGCAUCCUGCCAGUGCCUGCCGAGUACAAGAAGUCAAAGCGUGCUCUCCGCCAGUACUACCACGAGAAGUUCUGCCCUGCCUCUGACGUUGACCUGUUUCUUUAUGGCUUGAACGAAGAGGAGGCAAUUGAAAAGAUCAAGGACAUUGAAGCUCGCAUCAAGGAUGCCAUCCUUUCCGAGACGACUGUGGUUCGGACGAAGAAUGCCAUCACAAUCUGCAGCCAGUAUCCAACAAGGCACAUCCAAAUCGUUCUGCGCGUGUAUAAGUCGAUCUCCGAAAUCCUGACCGGAUUUGACAUUGACUGCGCCUGUGCCGCCUAUGAUGGCAGCCAAGUGUAUUGCGUUCCGCGUGCUCUGGCUUCGUAUAUCACCCAGAUCAACCCAAUCGAUCUGAGCCGCCGAAGCCCGUCUUAUGAGAACAGACUCUCGAAAUAUAGCCACCGCAACUUUGAGGUCUACUGGCCCGAACUCGAUAGGAGUCGCGUAGACCCCACCAUCUACGAGCGGAGCUUCCAGCGCACGCUAGGUCUCGCGCGCCUGCUUGUUCUCGAGCGACUCCCAACCACUAAUGCUCGGGAGCAAUAUCAACGAAAGCGCAGAGAAGAAAGAGGGCGCCCAGAACUCGGUGCGCGUUUCCAGCACCGCCUUUUUGGCAACAUCAAGGACAACCACGAGGAUGAAGUUGCAGACUGGGUUGGGGAAGACGAAGUCUCCAACUACCAUACCUUCACCGUGCCGUACGGUGCAAGGUUCAAUGCCAAGAAGAUCGAGAAGCUCUGCUACACUAAGGAUCUCCUCCUCAACGCCGAAUGGAAUCAGCAAAAGGACCGAAAGGUCUAUCUCCACCGCCACCCUGCCUUUUUUGGUCGCGUCAUUGAUGUGAUAGGAGACUGUUGUGGCACUUGCCCGUCCCCAGUCACCACCGAAGAAAAGGAGAUUGCGGAGAAAGAGAGCGAGAUAUAUUGUUCUGGCAACGUUAGCUUCCGGAUCGAUGAUCCAGGACGACAGCAGAUUGGGUCCUUCAAUCCUCUCACAGAGGACGACUGGACUGAGAUGGCCUACGUCGGCAAUACGGCUCGUCUUUGUCAGGCCAUUGUGGAUGGCGACCUCGAACAUGUCGAGGAUUGGCUCGCCCAGGAAGGCGCUGAUCCCAACACAAGAGACUAUACUGGUCGCACGCCGCUGCACUUGGCUGUCACUAGCUCAACUGUCGAGAUUGUCAAGUGCCUUGUCGAUCAUGGCGCUCGUCUCGUGGCCCGGCUCGCCGACGGCCAGACUGCUCUCCAUUUGGCAGCCGCCAGGGGUAAUGUUGAGAUGGUCAAGUUACUCCUUGAGAAGAGCAAUGCCAAUGAGGAAGAGGAGGAAGACAAGCUUGACCAGAGACGCAAAGCCCGGGAUGUGUCAACUCAGGAGCCAGAAGAGUCCUCAAUCGCCAAGGAGGAGGAGACCGACUCUGACGCAGGUGAUGAGGACGGUUCGGAUGGCGAGCUCAUCGGCGAGGACGAUAUCUCCGAUGAUGGUGUCCAAUCAGCUGUGACGGGCUCCUUCGUCAAGCUCGCCAAAGACGAUGAUGCCGCGAAGAAGGACGAAGCGGCUAGGCUCGACGACGACUCAAACGAUCCUGACUUCUAUAAGAUUGACGUCGUUGCGUGGGAUUCAAAGUGCAGCCCGCUGCAUCUCGCCAUUCUGGGCGGCCACUGCGACGUCGUCAAGGUGCUCUGCCAGGAGUUUGGAGCGGACGUGCUCUUACCAGUCAAGAUUGGCGACGGCUCUUACAGCGAUCCUCACAACGCGAUCCUUACUCUUGUCCUUGCACUGUCUCUGCCACUAGAUCGUGCCACAGAGAUGGCCAAGACUCUCCUGUCUCUUGGUGCCACGUCCAGUCAGGCGGAUGCGCAGGGCGUGACAGCGUUCCACCGUUUCGUCAAAAGCGGUGGUCCUGCGCUAGUGGAUAUCUUGUACGAAAACGACGCGAAUGGUCUCAAGACGGCCGUUGGCCAUAUCGCCAUGUCUGGCAGUAGUUGGAACCCGAAAGCAACCGCCCCCUUGAACACAGCAAUCGCCCAGGGCAAUUCUGUCCUCGUCCUCAAGCUUCUCGAGGCGGGUGCGAAGCCUCAGAUCGAUUUCGACACGUGGCUGAAGAGUGCAAAAUUCUCCUUCGACAAGCAUCUCGGCAAUUUCGAAUCAAACCAGGAGCACUUCCGGAAUGGCACUGACCAGCCACUCAUCACGGCUAUCCGUUCUGAGAAUCCCGCAAUCGCCUUGGAGCUUCUGGAGCGAGGUGCCGAUCCCAACGUACUCACAAAGUCUUCGUGGGAGGUUGUGAACAAGGAUUGGGCACGGAGAUACAACAAGGGCCGUGCAGCGAUAGACGUCGCCAAGGACUCAUUGGAGAAGCUACGCAGAUACAGGGGGGAGAAGCUCGACUUCAACAAGCUCAACAACAAAUCGACACGGGUAAAGGAAUCAGCAAGUGUUGUAGAGGCGCCAAAGGGUCCAAUUGAGACCGACUCGUUCCUUUCCAGGUUUGACAAAGACACUUACCAACACUGGGCUGUGUCGUCAGACAUCCAAUAUCGCGUCAGAUACCACGAGAAGGAGCUCGAGCGCUUCGAGAAGGACCGCGCCGCAAAGGCGAACGCGGCUGGCCUGAAAGAGAAACAGGAAGCCAUUGAUGAUCUGAUCGCACAGCUGGAACGAGUUGUGAGCGCUUUGGAAGCCAAGGGCGCCAAGUCGUUCAAAGAGCAGUACCCAGAAAUCCAAGACAAGACCGACUCGAUCAAAUCUGCCAAAGAUGAGAGUCAGACGCCGUACCAAUUUGAGUUCAACUUCAACGGCGUUAAAGACCUGACAGAAGCACGCAAGGCUGCCUAUAUUGAGCUGUUCGAGGCAUGCUGGAGGGGCGACAUUGAAGGAAUCAAGAAGUAUACUCUCACGUCCUGGGAUGGCGAGGACAAGGAGUCACCACUUCAAAUUGCGGUCAGCGACAACAAGAGCAACAAUCCAUUCUCGUUGGCCUUCCUGCGUGGCCAUUGGGACGCAGCCAAGGCUGUCCUCGAGAUUGCUCAAGCCCAGUGGACACCGAAGGAAGCGGAGAAUGCCCGAUACAAGAUGACACGCGACGACGAUGAGGAAGAUUCGUGCGAAGACUCUGAUGCGGAAAGUGGCGAUGAACCAGAGGUUUAUAAGGAGGUCGUCAUUGACCAGGUCACGAUCGACAACAUCGGACAGAUUUCGAUGCAAGUCAACAGCCAUGUCCUUCCCACCACCAUGCUCGAAUGGGCAGUGCCGGUCAUGACGGGUGUGGACGGCCAGCCCCACGACCAGAGCAGCUCGUACUACUUGCUCCAUUAUGCCAUCGCCAAGGGAGACCUGCAGCAGUUCAAAUUCCUGGUUGACUUGUAUGCGCAUUACACGACCCAGCAGCCUGCAGAUGAUGAUGACGGAUCCGACGGCGCACGGAAAGUCUUUGUUUUCCCGGUCGAUCGUUUCAACGAUGUCAUCAAAUAUGGGCGUACUGAUAUGCUCACGGAGAUCAUCAAAACGACGGGAGCUGGCCUACCUUUUGACGAACUUGUCAAGAAAAGUGGCACUGAGAUGAAGACCAAGCCACGUUAUUAUCAGGGGCUUUCUGUCUAUGGCAAGAAGCGUGCUGACUGGGCCAACGCCGGACGCAAUCUGGUGGUGAAACCAACCGGACCGAAAGCCUCGCCGCUCCUCACUGCCGCGAUGCAAGGAUCUCUAACCUCCCUUGAGUGGUUUGCCAGUGACACGCCAUUGCGUUAUUACACCGAAUUCGGGAGCUCAAAGGCUGCCCAAGGCCACCCAAGUGUGAAGCAUCUCAGAGCUGUGGAAGGCCGGUUCGACCGGGCAAUUGCCAAAUGGCUGGGGAUGCAAAGCGAUCUUGUCCUCCACUGUGCCGUCAUGGGUCCCCUCAAGGAUGAGCAGAACCGACUCAUAGAGUACUUGACCAAGACUUAUCCAUCGUCCUUGGAGACCAAGUCGAACGAAGGCUACACGCCCCUUUUCUUGGCGUUUCUGCUUGGCAGAGUAGAGUACGCGAAGAUUCUCAUUGAUGCCCAGGCCGAUAUCUCUGUCAAGGACAAGAAGUUCAACAAUUUGAUUCAUGCCGCCCUUACAAACAAGCCUGAGAAGGCGGAUAGGCUCCGCAAGCUCUUGGAACUUCUUGAGCCGGACAUGAGGAGCCACCUCUUCAUGCAGCGAAAUGGCCUAGCGCAUGGUGGUGAUACUCCACUCCAUUUCUGGCUGCAGAAUGCGAACCAAUUGUCCUACAGGUGGCAAUACAACGACCACUAUGGCAGUUAUCGCAGCGAGCUUGGUGCGGAGGACAAGACGAAUGUCCAAAUUCUCAAAGCGCUCCUGGACAUAUCCAAGGGGCAAGAACUUGAGAUUUUGAACAGUGCUGGCAACACCAUACUUCACACGGCAGUGCUGCGCCAGAUCCCUGUCCAGAUGGCCCUCAUCAUCGACGCCAACCCCAAGUUGCUUUUCCGCGAGAACGCAGUCGGCCGGACACCCCCAGAAAUCGCGUAUGAUCGAUACAUCCACGAGAAGGUGUCUAGUGUCACCCCCAUCGAGGACAACGUGGUCGACUUGACAGACCUUCCCAGCAAGGAACCGUCUUACUUCCUUCACAAGGUCGCGGACAAGCACAAGAAGUUUAGAACCCGCAAGGAGCUUACCUGGGAAGUUUGCGCUCAGCACCUAGACAAACACAAGGACGGUGCGAAGCGCCGCCUUGUGAGUCUCAAUGAGGCCAACGAUGUCGCCAUCCGCAUCGGCGAGAGUUACACGGGACAACGCUACUUUCAAAAGACGCCAGUCGAGCCCGCUGACGCCGACGAGGGAGAGGACGAGGAGGCCAAGAAGAAGCGGGAGGAGGAGGAAGCCAAGAGGGAGGCCGAUAUCAGCACGAUCAAGUACGGAGAAACCAAGCACUCGGCCUGGGCCACACUCGAGGAGAGCAAGGAUAUCGACGACGAAGCCGGAGAUCCGGUGGUCUGCCCUGAUUGCGGGACGGCGCACGACUGACUGCGCCACGAGCGGCGUUUGAUCAGCGUUGGGGGAAAAGGGCAUGGGCACUUGGGGCUCUUCGCGGAUGGCGGCUUUGCUAAACAGCUGCUUGUGCAGAGUAUCACGUCUGUCCUGAUGACGGCCAUUAUUUGCUUGUGGAGGUACGUCAACUAUCGCAGGGGCCAGGAUGAUGAAUUUGGGGCCUGGUUCGCAUGGGCGAAAGCGCGCCUCUCCUGAACCAUGUUUUGUUUAUUUGCUCAUAGAUCCGGGACGAGGUUCAGUCUUGAGGAAUUCGUUU